AGCCUGCGUUCACGCUGUUGGUCGGUCCCAGUUCUGGCCCAGAUUGAGCUCAGCCGUGUUUGGUCAGAACCUUCUUUCACUAUAAAGGUCGAACACAGAUUUAUGGGCAUCGCUUCAGCUGGUUCUACGUUAUGUGUUUGAUGCUUUAGUUCAGGAGCAGUUGGCUGAAGCUCCGCGUUACAGCCUCUCCAUGUGCUCGUCUCCAUGACGACGCCCGGCUGGACCUCCGGCUGCGUGGACGUCUCUGCGGCCGAAGCAGAGGAAGUGGGAUCAGAGCGGAGCAAGCGGAGGCUUCGCCUGCCGACCCGUCACCCAGACCAUUCACACAAUCAGCACCAGGGCUCGAAGCGUCCGUCCGCUGGAGGUCAGAGCACCAGCGCAGCAGCGCCGCCCGGAGAGGAAGGAGGAAGGGAGAGCAGCGACACACGGGAGCAGGAGGAGGCGUCGAGACCAGGCUGCCAAUGUGGAAGCACUUAGGCCCGUGAAGGGUUAAAGAUGGCUGCGGGAUAAGUGGAGCUCGUUUAUCGUACGUUUGACAGCGCUGGUUAAAUGUGUGCGUCUCCUGCAGCUGCCAGUCUGGGAGCAGAGUCUCUCUCCUCAGCUUCCAGUGCAGAGCUGCUGCGGCUGGUCCAGCGCUCCUCACAGCAGCAGAGACAGGAGUCAGUGCUGCUCCUCCGUCCUCCACGCCGCUCCUCCGUCCUCCACGCCGCUCCUCCGUCCUCCGUCCUCCACGCUGCUCCUCCGUCCUCCGUCCUCCACGCUGCUCCUCCGUCCUCCACGCCGCUCCUCCGUCCUCCACGCCGCUCCUCCGUCCUCCACGCCGCUCCUCCGUCCUCCACGCCGCUCCUCCGUCCUCCGUCCUCCACGCUGCUCCUCCGUCCUCCACGCUGCUCCUCCCUCCUCCACGCCGCUCCUCCGUCCUCCACGCCGCUCCUCCGUCCUCCGUCCUCCACGCUGCUCCUCCGUCCUCCGUCCUCCACGCCGCUCCUCCGUCCUCCACGCUGCUCCUCGCCCCCCGUCCCCCCGCUCCUCGCCGUGGAUCCUUCCACUCCUACCUGGCGUCCGUGCAGAUGACCGCCGCCCGGCGCUGAAGCGGCGCUCGCCAGCAGCCCAGAUGCAGCCGCGACUCGUCGCCGUGGCGAUGUCCUUGGUGUGUGAGGUGAUCAGGAUGAGCUCGGGGCUCGUGCAGAAGCAGAGUGCUCACAGGGAGGCGGCGGACGACUGCCGCGCCUGUCUGGAGUGUUCCCGUGACAACGGCUGCGUGCGCUGCCCAGAGAAGCUCUUCCUGUUCCUGCAGAGGGACGGGAUGUCCCACCACGGGAGCUGCGUCCACGCCUGCCCAGCGGGACACUACGGCCAGAGAGGGACGGACGCCAACCGCUGCAUGAAGUGCCGCUCUCCAGACUGUGAACAUUGUUUCAGCCGCGACUUCUGCACCAAAUGUAAAGCCGGCCUCCAGCUGUACAAAGGGAGGUGUCUGAGCACGUGCCCAGAGGGAACCCACGCCCACCAGACCGACUGCAGGGACGACUGCGCCGGCGCUGCGAUGAGCGAGUGGAGCCAGUGGAGCACCUGCCUCCACGACGGCGCCCCCUGCGGCUUCAGGUGGGGGAAGCAGACCAGGAGCAGGAACAGAACCACGGAGGAGAAGGCAGCCGGGCCCUGCUGGACCCACAGCGAGACGCAGAGGUGCCGGAUGAAGAAGAAGUGUCCCACAGAAGCAAGAAUAAAAAAGAAAGACUUGGAAGAAAACGAGGGCGAAAACGACAGCAGUUGCUCUCCAGCGGCUCCAACGUGGGCGACUCACCGACCAGAACCACAGACGCACCCUGACGGGGCCCGGCCCACGGUCCGACCCAGUCCCUCGGUCGGACCCCGGCCGUUUGAAGCGUUUUUAAGCUGCCUGUACAUGUGACACUUUAUAAAGAAUAUAGAAUCUCACAUUACUGGAAUCUAAGUCCGCUUUAUUUAUGUUGCCGCAGAGUUGAGCCUCCGUUCAGCUUCAACAAGCACAGGUCGAACACAGAACCUGGAUCAGCUGAUGUAAAAGCCAGAUUCACGCUCCAUCGUCUGAACCGUCUCAUUCCAGCAGCUCCGCUGCUUCGGCCGUAUUUAAGGCUGACGUUGAAGCA